AUGGAAGCAGGGUUCAUCAUGACGCCUUCCGGAGAGAUCAUUCCUCUUGAAAAGUUGGAUUUCCCCAUUUGGCAGCACGGCGAAGGCGGUAACGCUCCACAGGACUACGGCUUCACCAUAACUGCAGGCAAGAGUGGGAAACUCUACGACGUGCAGAUAAACACGAUCGAAGACGACCUAUUCGAGACGGAGCUUCGAUUCGGAUGGGAAUGGGAAAGUCGAGUGAUCGAAAGGUACAGCAAAUGCACCAUGAACGGAGUCAAAGGGUGGGGAGUGACGGAGUGGGCUUACCGGAAUUUUUCGGGCCGGCCGGAAGAGUGCGCCGCAGCUGAUCCCCCGCGAGUCGCGCUAAUCAACAAGGGUUGAGCCCCAGCACCUGGCCGGAAUUUCGCUCAGCGAAUUUCCCGGACGUGAGGAAAGAAAGCCUGCAUAUUCAUUCCGUCGCUAUUUUCCUGCACGUGUAAAGUUUCGCAGAAGAAGAGAGAAAAAAAAAGUUUUGCUUUCCUUGCUUUCACC